AUAGACUUUAGGAGAGAGAUCAAAGUAAACGUCCUUCUCCAUACACUCUCUCCCCCAAAUCCUUCCCUCUGAUCUCUAGGGUUUCUGCAAAUUCUCACUAACCCACUUUCAGAAGAACCCCAUUUAUUGAAUCUUUUUUCCUUUAUUCACAUAUGAAUCCUCGAUUCUCUGUCUUCCAUGCUUCGUUUUUUUUCUGGGUUUGAAUGAAAUUGUCAAAAGUUGGUGCUUCUGUUCAUAGUUAUUAGGCUUUCUUGAUAUUGACGUUUUGGGUACAAUCUGAUUCGAAGCAAUUCAGGUUUUCUCUAAUGCUUUCUUGUAUUCUUUAUAUCAAAUUGGGGUUGACCUUUCGAAAGUAAUCAAGACUGAUCGAUCAUAAUUCAUCAAUCUUGAAACAAACUCAAGUUUUUCAGGGUUGAAAUCCUGAAUUCUUGAUUUGGGCAAGUGGGUUUGAAGGAGUUGUUGAUGGUUUGUGACUUAUUAGUCAGAAAUCCGGCAUUCAUUCAUUCAUUCAUUCAGUUUAGUUUAUGUGUGAAUAAAUGGAUAAAAUCGGGGUGGAUUCGAAGCUUGUGGUGAAUGGGAAUCAAGAAACAGGUGUAGUAACUGGGGGGAGAAUAGAAGAAGAUGAAGACAAUGAAUCGAAGAAACUGUUGUUGCCCAAGAAAGGCGGGUUACGAAAGAAAUCAGGGAAGAAGCAUCGAAGAGUGCAGUGGAAUGAUCGAAAUGGACACAAACUUACCGAAGUUCUGGAAUAUCAACCGAGUGACGGUAGUGAUUCUGAAGACGAGGAUUCGGAUUCUUGCCUGUGUAACAUAAUGUAGACUUUACACACACCCGGCUUUCGUGGCUGGAUAGAUACAUAUAUAUACCGUUUGGCGGCUAAUCUUCUUGACGUUGUACCGAAUUAAAGAUUCUUGAUCGAAUUACGAACUCAAUUGUCACUAUAUUUGAUGAAUUGAGCAAAAUUAUUCUCAUCGACUUGGUAUUUGAAUGUGGCAUGAAGGUUGAUUCUUGCA